AUGUUUUUAUUUCCACAAACUGGCCUUGCGCGAUUUCUUCUAGCAGUAAUUAUAAUAUCAACAAUAUCUUAUAUGAUUCUUAAUAUAGUUUCAUUUGCUGGAACUCCAUGGAUUACUACUCAUGCUGAAAAUAUUCAGUUUGGUCUUUGGAGAGUUUGUGAUCAAUCAGUAAACGGGUCUUGUUAUGAUUGGAGUGAUACUGCUCUUUUCGGAGGAAAACCAUCUUAUAUUCGAUCAAGUCAAGCAUUGGAAAUAAUAUCUAUAAUAUUUUAUAUGUUUGCUGCCGGUCUUAUUCUAAUUGGUAUACUUAAUUUCGAUGGAGUCAGAUAUUAUUUUGUCUUUAUUGGUGCAGCGGCACUUUUGUUGGUUGCAAUUACAUUUAUCUCAGCAACAUUAGGUGUGAUGUCUGUUCAAGGUCGCUCGAAUCGUAUAGCAGCUUUUCUUGAUUGGGCAUGGUGGAAUGGGCUUAUCGGCCUCAUUAUGACAAUAACAUGUUGUUUUUCAUUGAUUGCUUUCAUUCUGGAUAUGAAACUCUCCGCAAGAAAUAGACAAACGCCAAAAUUCGAAAGACGACCAAAGCAAAACAAUGUGUUCGCUGCUUCACAAGGUAUGUCAUAUACAAUGCCUGCACCAGUAGCAUCACCAAUGAAUUAUGAAAAUUAUCAAGGCUACAAUUAUCAAAAUCCGAAUAAUUAUUUUCCAGUAGCUGGUAAUAAUUUAAAUGAAUACUAUUCAAAUCCUUCAUUAGCAUACGGAGGCCAAUAUCCAUGGAAUCAAUAUGAGAAUACUCAAACUCCAUCGCCAAUGAUAUCAAAUUUAGCUCAAGAAUAUAUAUCUCGUGUUGCCAAUGUUCAAUAUGAACAACCUUUUUAA